CCCUCAUCAAAUGUCCACUCACUAGUAAUCCUCUCCACGACCAACUGAAGAACUACUCGCCCUGGAAAUGUGCUCAUCGGCCUGAGCGACAGAACACUUGCCAACAGUCAUGUGAGCCGAUGCUCACCAAAGGGCAAUGUUCCGAACAAUUAAUAACA